AUUUACUCUUAUGGUGCUUUUGUUUUUACCUAUUUAUGUUUAUGGUCUUAGUUUCCUCUAAUAUGAUAUGAUUAACCUUGGUUCUUAGAUCUCUUGUUGAGUUGUUAUAUAUGGAGAGGUCAGAGGAAAAAUGGAGUUUGGUGGAUGAGGAAGAAGAGGAAAGUGGAGAGGAGGGGAUAAAGAAAAGGGUAGUGAAAGGGAGCAAAGGUGCUGGAGGUUCAUCAAAUAUAGCAACUUGUUGUCAAGUGGAAAAUUGUGAUGCUGAUCUGAGUGAAGCUAAGCAGUAUCAUAGGAGACAUAAGGUUUGUGAGUAUCAUGCCAAAGCACCUGCCGUACACAUUUCUGGGCUGCAACAAAGGUUUUGCCAGCAAUGUAGCAGAUUUCAUGAGCUAUCCGAAUUUGAUGACUCAAAAAGAAGUUGUAGGAGGCGUUUGGCCGAGCAUAAUUUGAGGCGUCGCAAAAAUGCAAAUGACUGAUUUCAUCGUCAAGAUAUAUAUCCAUGCUCUCAAUCUUCUGUCAAACUUGUCGCAAAGAGUACUAUUCUUUUUUAUUUAUUUUUAUUUUAUUUUAUUAUUAAAUGCUAAGAGUACUAUUGUUGCUGGUAGUAAUAUCAUGUGAUAUUAAACUGCUA